AUGAAUCUUAAAUUCUUGAGCAAUUUAAUCGAACCUGAGGUAAGAUAACGUGCAGAUUAUUUUUAAAAUGAUCCAUUUUUUGAGUUUUUAAAAUAUUUUUUUGUUUUAAAAAAGUUCUAGAAAUUAAAAUUAUAAAACAAGGGUUAUAAAGAAUCCUGAAAAGUAGUUAAAUUAUGUUGCAAAGGGUAAUAAGUAUUCUCUUCCUUUACUUUUUUUAAUACCUAUUCAGACGUCAAUAUCUCGAAUUCCAUCGAUAUCGUUCGCUCCGAAUGACAGAAAGUUGGCCAUAGCGACGGCCGAAAGAGUUAUCCACCUCUUUGAUGACAAAAACACCAAACAAGACAAGAUCAACACAAAGCCUAUUGAGUCACAAGCAAGUUGACAUUACUUUUUUCACUAUAAUACUUUUUUAACUUACAAUCUUUGUAAAAUAUCGUGUUGCACCGUGCACUGCGUUUUCAUAGAGUUUGUUUUCAUAGAUAAUGUCCGACUGCAUUUGAAUUCGAAUAAUUAUGUUAUUUUAGUAUGGAAAACAAAGCUACAAGAUCCAGAGUAUCUGCUUUUCUCCAGAUUCCACGAAAUUGGCCGUGGCGCAAACCGAUAACAUUGUGUUUGUUUACAGAUUAGGAGAAACAUGGUAGGUUGAUAUAGAAAAUAUUUUAAUUUAGGUAACAAUAUUAUAUUCAUUGUUUGGAGGAAAAAAUAUCCUGUGCUGUUCACAUUCGUAUAAGAUAACCUUGGCCCAAAACUAAAGGAAAAAGAAAAUAAUGACCAAAGCUUCACAAAAACCAAUUCUCAACACUUUUUGACCCCAAUUCUUGAAUUUGUAGGGAGGAAAAGAAGGUAAUAUGCAACAAGUUUGUGCAAAGUUCAGCGGCCAAUGUCCUGGCCUGGCCAGACGAAAACAAGCUGAUAGUUGGCCUAGCCAAUGGCAGAAUCAGGAACGCUUCGGUCGGGUCGAACAAGUGCUCCACUUUGUACAAGACUGACCUCUUCACUGUCUCUCUGGGCGUGCAGUAAGUGUUUACACUGUAAUUACAUUUGUUUAGUCCGAACAAAAAGUCAUUUGUAUCUGGCCAUCAGGACGGGUCCAUCAUACUGUACUCUUUCGAGAGCAAGGUUCAGGUAUGCUUAACAGUUGCUUUUACGUUAAUAUUGAACUUUAUAAGUCAAUAUAUUGUUGUAAAUAAAAUUAUCGGUCAUAAAGUAAAUAGAAAUACCAAGGUUUACACUACUUUCAGACCAAAAUAGUCGUGCACACAACAGCACCGUACUGUCUUCUACGUUCAAAUUUUGGAAUUCUUGCCGCUGGCAGUGAUCGUAGGAUUGUAUCGUACACUGACCAAGGUAGAAUCCAACAACAAUACGACUACAACAAGCACAAUGAGGAGAAAGAGUUCACGACAGCUGUACUCGAUCCAUCUGGUCUGAACGCCGCUUUCGGAUCUUUCAACAAGUAUGUGACACUAUUUUAGCUAUCUUUUGCGACAAGUUAUCGCAUUUGAGUCUGACACCUUUCGCAUAAUAUUUGUUUAUGUUAAUAUGUAAAGUGAAUUCAGAGUACGUUUGAUGUCAUGGAAUCCAAAGCGAGGAGCGUGGGACGAAGGAUCUGUUCUCAUCGUGCAGAAUAUGUAUUCUGUAUCAGCUUUAGCUUGGCGGCCUGAUGGAUCGUCAAUCGUUUGUGUAUGUCAUAAUCAUUAUAUCAUGAAUUGAUAAUAUAUAAAUUUACUUAGUGAUAAUAAGUAAAAAAAUAUUAUUACUUUUUCAGGGCACGAUGCUGGGUGGAGCUUUCACAAUCGACUGUUGUCUGAGGCGUACCUUCCUCAAGAACAGAUAUGUCACAACAUACGUGUCCCCCUCCCAAGUGGUCGUCAAAGAUGUAGAAUCUGACCGUCAGUGUGCCAUCAGAUCUCUGAAGGGCCUCAACAUCAACGACAUCAGAAUCGUGGGUAGAUCCAACCGCUACAUCAUCGCCUACACUCCGAGUACGAUCAUCCUGGCAGACAUCAACACAGAGCUCUUCUCCGAGAUCGUCUGGAAUUCUGGAGGCAACGAGAAGUUCUACGUCGACAACGAGAACGUCUGCAUGAUCGUGAACGCUGGAGAAAUCAGCAUCGUGGAGUACGGUAAGAACGAGAUCAUCGGCUGGGUGAGGACGGAGAGGAUAUCACCUCAUCUCAUCAGUGUCAGAAUAGGUGACAAGUCACGGAAGACGAGGGUACAGUACCGGAGAGUAGCGUACAUGCUAGACAUACACACCAUCAACGUACUCAACCUCGAAAACAGCCAGAUCGUAACACAAAUCAACCAUGGGUCAGCUAUCGACUGGCUAGAACUGAAUGACUCUGGAGAAAAGCUACUGUUCCGUGACAUACGAUCUACAGUACUACUCCAUGACAUCGAGUCAGAACAGACGUUUACGAUGGCCAACUUUUGUUCGUAUGUGCAGUGGGUACCCGAAAGCGAUGUUGUAGUAGCACAAUGCACAGAUCAGCUUUGUGUCUGGUACAACACAGACAAUGUGGAACAGAUAGUACAGAUUCCAAUUCUUGGUGACAUUGAUGACGUAUUGAGAGAUAAGGAGAGGACCGAGGUUAUUGUUAUUGUAAGCUUAUUUUUCAUUAUAAUCAGUAAAUCUACAAGCUGAUCUUUUGUAAAUACCUACAACCUGAUCCAAAGUUAUGUAUUUUUAUCAAUAAAUGUUUUUAUGAUAAGUUAUUGUAGGAAAACAAUGCCAAAGUAGCGUACGAACUAGACAACACCUUGAUCGAGUUCGCCACAGCCAUCGAGAACCGAGAUCUGAACCGAGCGUUGGAAUUCCUGGAGAACAGUGAGAGAGAUCGUGUAGACGUAUCGUCUAUGUGGCGUCAGAUGGCUGCCGUAGCGUUGGAAGAAGGGAACCUUCUCAUCGCUCAACGAUGUUAUGCUGGACUAAACAACAUCGCCAAAGUCAGGUAUAAUUCAUAAAAUAUGUACUGUAAUAUUCAUUCAUAGUAUAUACUGUAGACAGUAAUACAGUAAUCCGUAAUUGUUCCUUUUAAAAAAGUAUUUUCAGAUUCAUUGAAGACACGAUGAACAUGAUGACCGAAAACAAGGACAGUUACAAGGUCAAAGCAAGAAUGGCACUAUUACGACGAGACAUAAGGGAAUGCGAACAUAUAUAUCUGUCCAAUGUGAGUAUACAAGUAGUAAAAGGUGCCUUUUUAAAUUUAAUUAAAGCUAUGUAUGUUACAGUGUAAAUAUUACAGAAUGCCACGGAUGAAGCCCUAGAAAUGUACCAGAAGCUCCACCGAUGGUCGGCAGCCCUAGACUUGGCCAAAGCUACAGUAAGUCAAAUAAGUGUUACCAUACAGUACUCUCUCAUACUACUUACAGCAUUAAAAAGUUUAAAACAAAUGAUCAAGUUGAACUUCAUUAGAGCUUUUCAGAAUUACCCAGACCAAGAAUCCCUGAAGAUGAAGUACCAACGGUACCUCCACGAGACUGGCCAAUCAGAGCGAGCGGCCGAGAUCAAGGCAGAAGAAGGGAAACUCGUAGAAGCAGUCGACCUGUUUCUGCAAUCAAAUCGACCGGUCAUGGCUGCCACACUGCUAGCCGAAAACCCUGCACUAGCUGAAGACAAUGUCUUAUGUAACAAAUUAGCUGAGUCUCUACACAAGAACAAGAUAUACGGUAGAGCAGGAGAAGUGUACGAACUGAACGGACAGUACGAUAAGGCAUUGGAGAAUUACGAGAUGGACCACAAGUACAACAAUGCAGUUAACGUACGUGCCCUGGAUACGUCUUUUACAUAGUUACAUUACAGUUUUAACUCCCGAAUCUUGCAGGUGGCACGCUCCAGAUUCCCUGAAAAAGUGACCGAGCUCGAAGAGAAGUGGGGUGAUUGGUUGUGUAACACUGGAGACUACAGCUCUGCCAUCAGCCAUUACUUAGGUAAGUUAGCAGUUACUGUAACAUUACUGUAUAACAGAGAGCGGGGUCAACAGUAAAGCAGUCGAUGCUGCUAUCAGAGGAAAGGAAUGGGCCAAAGCCAUCGAGGUGGUAGCGACUUUAUCAAAAGAGGAGAGCAGAGAAUUCUACGAGAAAUUGGCACGACACUUCGAAGCCAAUGGAGAAUAUGAUGUAAGUUAACACAUCUAAUUAGUUAAUCACCAUUCAUUAAUUUAUUAGGAUGAUCCUAGUAGACAUUGAACUAUUUACCGCAGUGUAUUUCACUUCAUUCUUUUAAACUAUAAAUAACAUAACUUUAAAUUUAAGAGGGCCGAACGAUGUUACAUAGACGCAGACAUGAUGAGAGAAGCAGUAGAGAUGUACAACAAAGCUGGCAAAUGGUCAGAAGCCUACAAGUUGGCCUUGGACAUCCUCGGAGUGGAAAAGACACAAGAGUUGUACUUCGAAAAGGCACAAGAACUCGAAGAACAAGGUCAAUAUGGUACAGCUGAAGAGUUGUACGUAGCUGUGGGAGAGCCGAACAAUGCCAUAGCCAUGUACAAACGACUGAACAAACUGGAAGACAUGAUGAAGUUGGUCGAGAAGUUCCACUACGAUAAAGUGAACGACAUCAAGGUGACAUUGGCUCAGCAAUUUGUCGACAGUGGAGAGCUCAAGAAUGCUGAGGAGUACUAUCUCUCAGCUGACGAGUGGAAGCUGGCUGUAGCCAUGUACAGAGACAACGGAAAGUGGGCAGAUGCCUACCGUGUAGCACAGAGUUACGGUGGGGAUGCUGCCAGAAAACAGGUAAGUUCGAGAUCAACUGAUAUAAAGACAUAUCACUAUAAUCACAGAAUAUGUAUGACAACAUAAUUAGACUUAUGAUAACAAAACUUAACUCAACUUUGAAGGUCUCUUACUUGUGGUCCAAAAGUCUAGGUGGAGAAGCGGCAGUUAAACUACUACAACGUCACGGAGUGCUAGACGAUGCUAUUGACAUAGGAGUUGACAAAGGGUAAGUCAUCUUUUGAUAUCAUUUCGUAAGAGCUUAUUAAUUAUAUUUACAGUGAUUUCGACUUCGUAUUUGAAAUCUGCCGUUUGGGAGCACAAAAUCGUCUACAAGAUGUACAACUAAAGCACGCUGAACACUUGGAAGACGCUGGAGACUUCAAACGAGCGGAGACAUUCUACUUGCAAUCUGGAAAGACAAAGGAAGCUGUCCUCAUGUACAUUCACAACCACGAAUGGAAAGAAGCUGAACGAAUAGCAAGGUAGACAAACAACUAACUAUAAGCUUAUACUCCUUGUAUUUAAUUCUAACGAACAAUUCUUCUCUUGGUUCCAAAAAUAUAUUUUCAGACAGUACGUCCCAGAAAUGACAGAUGAAGUAUACAUCAACCAUGCUCGUGUUGCUAUAGAAGAAAAAGACACGUCAAAUGCGGAAAGUUACCUCCUACGAGCUAACCGUGCCGACAUAAUACUCAAGUACUACAGAGAAAUGGAGAUGUGGGAGGAUGCUAUCAGAAUCGCCAAGGAAUAUGUACCAGAGUACCAAGCAGAACUAGAGAAGGAGUAUGAGAACGUGCAGUUAAGAGCUGGAGAACGUGGAGCUCAAUCGUUCCUCGUCAGAGCCAAAGAUUUCGAGCUAGACGGAGAGUAUGAGAAGGCUGUAGACAGCUACAUGAAAGUCAACGUGCCAUUGACAAACGAUCUUCAACUAAUAGUACAAAGUCUCCAGAAGGCCGGAGAGAUUGUGGCCAAGUUCUACGAGUCUGACAAGAAGAUCGAGACGGGUACGGUGAUCGCAGAAAGAUUGUCGGAAAUGAAUGAACAUGUAGCUGCAAGUGAGGUUUACCUCUCCAUAGACAUGAAUAAGGAAGCCGUUCAGUCGCUGAUGCUGGCUGACGAAUGGUCCAAGGCACAGAAGGUACGUUUUGUCACCUUUAUAUUCCACUUUUUAAUUAUUUUUAAAAACCGCAACAAGUUUCACGGUGAGUAUAAAUCCUGACAUAUACAGAUUGCCGAAGAACUUGUACCUGAGAUGACAUCGGAAGUCGACCAAGGCUACAAACAAUUCUUGAUGAAUCACGGCAGAGUUGGAGAACUUGUGGAUGUAGACGUCUUAAGCGCUAUCAACGUCUACGUGAGUCAAGGAAACUGGGACAAAGCUUUGUCCACAGCAGCACAACAGAAGGUAUGCAUAUUUAUCUACUUCUCUUAUUAUCUAUGUAGUUAUAAUCAUGCAAUUUGAAUAAUGUCUUAUCUUUAGCAUGCCGCGCUGCUGGAAAAAUACGUUACAAUGUACGUCAGUGAACUGAUUAAAGAUGAAAGGUACAAUGAGAGCAUCAAAAUAUUCGAACAGUACGGAACGCCCCUGAACACAUUCAAUACCUAUAAGAUGCUGCUCGACCUUAUGGUUAAUCAACGAAGCAUUAGCUACGAAGACCUGAGUCAUCUCAGAAACAUGAUACUCAAGCUGACAGCAAACAUUAAACAAAAUAAAGCUGAAGUUGAUGAUCGAAUCGAAGAAGUAUGUUACUCAUAAACGACUUCUUGAAAUCUGUUUAUUAAAAACAAAGAAACCCAUUCAUAAUACCUAAAAAUAACACUUUCAGGUAUUCACCCGUUACCUAAACUUCCUACAUUACUACUGCUUAUGUUUGGCUCUAGAAACUUUGGAAAACGUUACUACUGAGGUGGAAAAGAUCGUGAUCAAGCUCAAAGUGUCAAUGUUGCGAUAUAUUGACUUAGUACAACCAGACAAACUAUUCUAUGAAGCGGGGAUGGCCUGCAAGGUAACACAAAAGUAAUACGUACUUAUACUUUUGCAAAUUUAGAACGCCAAAGACUAUGAAAACAUGGCAUUCACCUUCUUUAAUCAGUUUAUCGACAUCACCAACGCAGUUGAAUCCAACGACCCCAGCGAAGUCAACAACGACGUUUUUGAAGGUACAGACGUGCCGGUACAUUACACAUUACCCCAGCAACCUUAUGUCAAUGUAAGUUGAAAGACUGAUACAUUUCACAAUGUAAUGUACUACAUUUACCACUUAACAGUAUGUAAAAUACAAUUUAAUUUAGGAAGACGAAUUUGAAGAGAUCAACGAGUGGGUCCUGGGAAUGUCAGUAGACAGAAAAACUGACAAAGUUUUAAAAACAGACUCCAGAGGGUGUUAUGAGGCCAGUUCUGUUGACUCGAACGGUCAGAUAUACCCAAUUUGCCUGAUUUCUGGCUAUCCCAUCUUGGACACGCCUAAAGUGUUAGCUGGUGAUAAAUGCGUAGAUCCUAGCACAUGGCAUCAGUUUGUUACUCUAGUCAAAACUUCAGCAGCAGAACAACUAUUCGAUAUACAGUCGUUCUUGUGUUUGUGGACAGGAACUACAGUAUCACUAACUUAUUAA